GUGCCGUGCACUUUGUGAAACGGAGAAUAUUUGUAACUCAAAUCGUAAGAGGGAGAGGCCGCGAGAGUGUGCGACAGAGAGGCAGUGUAAAUCUGUGCGUGUACGAGAAAUCGAUAACAGCAGCUGAAGUGGCUAAAGAAGAAGAAGCAGCAGAGUAGUCGAAAGCGCGUGUGUGUCGGUGUCGGCAAAUGGAUUUGGCUUAAUGGAAAACCCAAACAGAAAAUGAUCUGGAGGAAAAAUCUUGAAAAUACGACGCAAUUGUUUUGAGACACCCAAAAAAGAGGCUACUAAGAGUUAGGAUUGGCAAAUAGACUGGAAGAUGCACCUGCAAAUCACGCACAAAACUGCACAACCAGAGGCGUCACAUACCGACAUGGAUUCCGCAUCCCCAGCAUCUCGAGAUGUUCGGCAGUUCCACGAUCUGAUAACCUGCCGACUUUGUCGCGGUUACAUGAUCGACCCAACCACAGUGGAUUAUUGCUAUCACACCUAUUGUCGCAGUUGCAUACUAAAGCAUCUGCUGAGGACAGUUUACUGUCCGGAUUGCAAGGCAAGUGGCGGCAAGGAGAUUAGCGAACUCAAUCUGAAAUCGGAUGAUACCUUACGAUCGCUGAUCUUUAAGCUAGUGCCGGGCCUCUAUCAAAGGGAGUGCAAAGAACUGGCGGAUUUCGAGGAGCAACAUGAGGAUUUGAUGGAUGAACAAAUGCCCAACGAACAGGAGUUCUUCACCUCCACGGAACUUGUGAGCUUAUCCCUUGAAUACCAUCCCGCCAUGCUGCAUCAAUGUGGCGCUGGCGAGGUGCCACCCAUUAUUUACCUGCAAUGUGCCGCUGGGUUGCCCGUGGAGUUGCUAAAGCGCUUCCUCUGCACCAAGUACAACAUCGAGGCAGAGAACAAGUUGGUUGAGGUGGAGGUGACCUACGAGGACGAGGUGUUGCCCUCCAAUUUCACGCUGAUGGAUGUUGGCUACUGUUACAACUGGAGUCGGCAAUCGCCCAUGGCCUUCUGCUACCGCAUUUUGCUGUACGAGAGCGAGCGAGCAAAAAACGAUGAGAACAACCUAUCCAGGAUUAACCAGGACAUUGAACCGGAGCACUCGAUGCGUCGCUCCAAGUCGGCCAAAUCGGUGACAUUUGCCGAGGACCUGGAAUCGGAUAUGGAUUCCGGUUCGGCGCGUUCCAAGGCGCGAAAUAAGACCUCGCCGAAGGUUUCACCCUCAUCCUCCGCGAAGAACAAGCGUGUGGCGACGAGCAAACGGGAACCGGAACCAGAGAGUCCGGUCAGCACCUUCAAGAGUCUUCGCAGCAAUGAUAUGCGCUACAGUGAUUACGCCGUAUCCAAGGUUAAGAGUGAACCGGAACAGGAGCAGGAUGUGCCGCCAAGGGAACUGGAUCAAGUGCCCCUGGUGGCCAACACGAACAUAGUGGUCAGCAUUCCACCCUCGCAGUUGGGCAAAUCCUACGGCGAUGCUGAGGAUUUCGAGCUGAAGACGGCAAAUCGAAAGGGUGUGGGUGUGGGCCAUUUGCCCAAGCUUAAGAUCGAACUAAAUAGCAUGAAGAGCAAGUUGAGUAUGCCAAUGUCGGCUGGUCCGCGACUGGAGGAUACCGGCUCCUCGCAACAACUCGAUCUGGAGACCUAUGCCAAGAACAUUGGCCUGAAACCGAUUGAGCAGCCGAUAGUUCAAGGUAUUGCUACGCCCGAUAGCAAAUUCAGUCCCAAUGCAUCGCCCAUGUCCUCGUGCUCCAGUUCGACCAAUGGAUCCAGCUGUAGUCUGGGCACUGCCGAUGCCAGUACCUCCACGACCACCACCAGCAGUUCACAUCGCAAGCGCAAGAAGAAGCACUCCAAGGAGCCAAAGGAUGCGAAUGGUAAGCGCAAGAAGUUGCAUGCGGAGAUCUCCUCGCAAACGGAUGGCAAAAUGAAGGUGAAGAUCACGGCCAAACCCAAUCACAAGUUUGACCUGAAGAGGUCACAUUCGCUGGCCAGUGGAGAAUUGGCUCUGCAGCAGCUGAAAUUGGAUAGUAAUACCAGCACUUCGGAGGCACUUAAUCGCACUUUGGGCGAAGAGGCAAGAAGUAUUAGUAGCUUGGUGGUGGGUGGAGCACCCACUCCUCCGCCCACGCCCACAACGGAACCAGCGGAGCAGCAGCAGCAGCAGCAGCAACAACAACAACAACAACAACCGCUGAUGAUGGCAAAAAGCAAGGACAUUAACUUGCCCACAUCGCCACCUUUGCCGCCCAGUUUGUUCAAGGCCUUUACGCCCAGCACAACGCCUUCUCCCCCAGCAACAGUGGCGGUAAAACCCAAACAGCAGCAGCAGCAUCAGCAGCAGCAGCAGCCGCAUCAUCAUCAGCAAACGCCGCAGCAACAUCAAGUUGUGGCACAGCAAACCCAAGCUAAAACGAACCCCGCUAAACCGCCGCUAAGCAGCAACAACCAACGCAAACCAUCAUCGGUGGCCGGUGGACACUUUGUGGUGCCACAAGCACCCACCAACCGGAAUAUGUACAAUAUGCAACGCUACCUGUCCACACCCAGUUCGAUAGCCAGUUCGGCCAACAAGCAGCCCAAGCGAUCGCUCUCCCUGGACGAAUCGCAUCCGGCAAAGCAGGCGAGAUUGAACCAGGCCCAGGCGAUGGCCAGCUAUACGGCCAAGUUGCACAUGCAGAACAAUAACCAGUCGGCCAAAUCACAGGCGGCCGCUUUCUUACCCAAUCCCCAGAUGAGAUCAUAUGGUCCCGAAAUGGGCAAUAAGCCAGUGCUGCCGUUUUUGUGCCCCGCCAACUUGAGUUUAUCCCUGCCGAGCACGGCCCAAGUGACAAUUACGCCCAGGCCGAGAGCCACACCGGCGGCCUACUCCUUUCCCGAACCCAAUAGCCAUGUGCCUGCCCUGGAAAUAGUCCGUUUGCCCUCGAAUAGUGCGAGUAAACAGGCAGCAGGAGGAGGAGGAGCAGGAGGAGGUGGUGGUGGAAAAAUGCCAACGCAAAUGCCGCCUCUCAGUCCGCCGGCAAGUUCGGGUGGCCGCCUGAUGGGACCACCAGCGGCUCUGCCCAAACAACAACAAGGACAUGGAGCAGCGGCCAAGAGGAGCAGCCAGAGUCAGUCGCCGCCAAUGCCCCUGCCGAUGACCACGAUUCCAGCGAUUGUCAAGUCGCCGCCGCUGUCAGUUGCGCUUAGUUGCGGGCAAAGGACACAGACCAGCAAAACUCACUCCACAAGCAACUCCACAUCCAACUCCACAUCCAACUCCAACUCCAACUCCAAUGCUUAUCGCACAUCACCGCCUGCAUUAAUAAAUCUGCGCAACACAGCCGCUCCACACUCGUUUCCAUCAAAGUCGAACGCUAAGGUAGAAGCCAAUUCAAAGAAAUCCCCGCCAGCAGCUGGCUGCCAAAGCCAAAGCCAAAGUAAAGCCAAUGGCACCGCCGCAUUGGACAAGUCGUCGAAAACGAGUUUGCGCGAGUUUCGGCCAGCAGUAACCACUCCGGCCACAUCGUCAGCGGCAGCGGCGGCGGCGGCAGCAACGGGAGCAGCAGCAGCAUUAGUCAAGGAUGCCGACAUACUUGAUUUAUCAGCUAACCCGGGCAGGAAUAGCAAUAGCAACAGCACUACCGCCAAAUUGGCGCCCACAUCACCGCCCGCGGGUAAUAACAAUGCAACAGCAACAACAACAACAACUAGCAGCAGCAGCAGCAGCAGCAGCAGCAACAGCCUGGAGGCAGCCUUAAACAAAAUCAAACAGAAUAUAUCCGCCAACAGCAAUGGUGGACCAACGACCACAGCAGUCAGUUCGAAUGGAAAUAGCAUUAGCAGCAGCGGAAUUAGCAGCAGCAGCAGCAGCAUCACCAGCGGAAUCAGCGGCAGCAGCAGCAGCGGCAGCAACGGCGAUGAUCUACAGAAUUUGCAAAUGCUUUCGGAAUCGGCAACGGCCAGGGAGAAGAUCUCCAUAAAGGCAGCAGCAGCAGCCGGCAGCAGCGGUAGUAGUAGUAGUAGUAGUGGCGGUACUAGCAGCAGCAAGCCCAAGAAUGCCAAUGCGUUGGUGAGACCUCAGAAUGCCUCGGUUAGGAGUAUACCCAAUCCCUCGGCUCUGGCCUUUCGCAAUCAGCCUGCGGCUGCAGCAGCACCAACAACAACAACAACAACAACAACGCCAGCAGCGGCUCUAAGCAAACCGUUAACUGUGCGGGCCGAGGAAAAGCCCAAGUUGUCCGCUACCAAUAAUCCCGGUUCGCUUAGCCCCACCAGCAGCAGCAGUAGCAGCAGCAGUAGCAGUAAUAGCCACACUGGAUGCAGUGCAGCCACAUCGCCGCGGGCAAUGACCAAGAAACCGACGACCAUUGAUCAAGUGGCAGCCAAUUUGAAUAUACGUGCCGAGGCCAAGGCCGCUGCCCUCGCCGAAGAGGCGCCACCCGUUCUCAGUUGCAAUGCGGCCAAAUCCCCGGAAUUGGCCAAAACGACGACGGCGGCCACAAUCGGAGGAUCACGGACGGAGCCCAAGGAGACGGCCAUCACCGUUUCGGCGGCCAGCACGCUGCUGCCCAUGCCCUCCAGUGUGUCCGGUGUGUCCGGCGUUCCGGAAUCGCUGUCCAAGCCGCCCGUCCAGAUUGCCAAUGCUCCGGUGGCGAGUUCCGCUUAGUCACAAGCGUUUCUUUGGCUGUGCGGAACGCAAAUGUAUCUUGUGGCGCCGCUGGAGAAUCUACAGAAUACCGACAACAUCUGAAGGUGAUGAAAAACGAACGGAUCAACAACAAAACCAAAACGAAUGAAAAGCAAAACACCAGCAACACCUGCAGCACAAGCUUACCAACCUCGCUCCCGAAGAAAAAGUGCAAUUUAAUUAAUCAGUAGAAUGAUCGUAAGCCUUAGAACUAACCCGAAAUACACUCAACGCUAAGCAAUAACAUAUAUACACAGGCCAACAGAAUAUAAGUAUCUGCUUUGGAUAGGGAAACCGCAUCAUUUGCAUAUGUAUAUGCAAAUAUUUGCAAUCGAAUUAGUACGCGACUAAAUAAAUAAUCCAAGCAAAUUUCAAAAAUGCCACCAACAAAAUUAAAUUCAUUAAUUAAUAAUCCAAGAGUGACAGGGACAGAGACAGACACAGAGAGAGAGAGAGAGAGAGAGAGAGAGAGAGGGGAAUGAGGCGAGGAGGAGAAUAAUAAUCAAAAGCGCUGGCGUUCGCUGGCAUUUUCGAAAGCAGUCGAAGGCAGCAACAAAAUUAAUUAUAAAAUAUCAACAGCAAAUAUGUGUUAAACCGAGAUAAGGUCAAACACACAAACAAACACAUGCCUUUAAUAGAUAGAUCUUCGGUUGGCAUUUUGCUUUUUUGGGGGAAAGUCCAAACGAAACCAAACAAAACAAUUAACAAAAAAAUUAUAUAGCAAAUUAUUUUAAAAUGGGCGAUAGUAAAACAAAAACUGAUAGGGAAAAAAAAGGAAAAUCGCAUCAGGAAUAUUUGAUUACAAACUGAGUGCCGAAAGUGUUUGGCCCACACCCUUCGGAAAAACUGCCACGAAGUGUGAAAAUUCGGAAGUGGUGGUGGUGGUGGUGGCGGCGUUGGCUAGAUUGUUCGGAAGGGAACACACUCGCACAUAGCGAAAGAUACAGCCAGCCCGAUACCCGAUACACACUCACGUUCUUCAUCGGGGCGAUAAAAUUUUAACGAUUUUGCGCCGCUUUGAGCGAGCGUGUCAGGCAUAAAGAUACAAAACAAUACUUGGGCAUAUAAACAAAAGCAAACAGAAACGGAAUAAUGAAAAUAACAAACUCGCACUGGCACAACACACAUGCGUAUAUAUUUAUAUACAUAUGUAUACCCAAAUAAAAUAUAUCUUGUAGAUACUUUUUCGUAUUAGUUGUUUAAGCGAGUUACGUUUAAUUGCAGCACGAACUUUGUACAUAAAUUUCAAAAUCGAAGCCAGGCAAAAAAAAAACCAGCACCCCAGCACUUGGAAAUGAAUUUUAAUUUUUAGAGCUUCGACCAAAUGAAAUACUAUAUAUAUAUAUAUAUAUACACGAACACGCAUUAUACAGAUAUCGAUAUACUCCUUCUUAUAUUUACGAUAUUCGUACACUCGAAAAAAGGCUUUAGGUUUUCGUACUUUUAUUCUCUUCUUGCUCUUAGCUGAUAUUUUUUGUUUUGUUAUUUAUACACAUAUUGUCUGUACAUAUUCUAAGCGAAGAAACAAAAAGAUGAAUUAUAAAGUUUAUGAGGGAGGAAGGUAAAAAACACUAAAUUGUAUGAGUUUCAUAGAGGAAUAGCUGGAUUAUAGAAUGGUGGUAGAGCCAACCCUUGAUUUAUCCGUAUCUUUUUGCAACCCCCUGCUCGUGGGCAGCAUCCCUCGUGAUCGCCACGAAAAAUUAACAUAAUUUCCAGGCAAUCAAACAAAUUGAAAGGCCUCGGAUCGACCUCCAGCUAUUCCAAACACUUUGGCUCGACUCCUGAUUGUUGUAUAUUUAUUUAUUCCUAUUAUUGAGAUAUAUAUAUUAUACAAUUAUAUAUAUAUAUAUAUAUAUAUAUCUAGUUGUAUAUGUGAAGGCUUUGAUCGGAACGUUCGACUUAUUUAAGCGGAUAUUGUACUGUUCGGACACCUUAACUAAAUAAACCUAUGAAUACUUAAAUAUAUAAAGCAUAUAUGUUUAGAAAUCUGAUUGUAUGCACGUCUGUAUGUAAUAUUGUUAGAAAACCCUCGAAAUGUAAUCCAAAACAAACACACACACACACACACACACAAACACACCCUUCACACACUAAGUUAAAUUAGCUGAUUUUCGAAAACAAUAAAAACAUGAAAAUGGUACACAAUAUAAAACGAA